GGUCCCAGAGGGCUGGCUGGCUAAGUCCCUUCUGCUCCCGGCUCUCCGCCUCACUAGCAGCGGCUCUCGGUGCAGCGGGGACAGGGCGAAGCGGCCUGCGCCCACGGAGCGUGCGACACUGCCCGGAACGCACCGCCACCCUUGCCCUUUCAGCCGCCCACUCGGGAUCUCCAGCGGCCUGCGCGCGCGCACGAUGCCCUCGGCCACCAGCCACAGCGGAAGCGGCAGCAAGUCGUCUGGACCGCCACCCCCGUCGGGUUCCUCCGGGAGUGAGGCGGGGGCUGGGGCCGCUGCACCGGCUUCUCAGCACCCCGCAACCGGCACCGGCGCUGUCCAGACUGAGGCCAUGAAACAGAUUCUCGGUGUGAUCGACAAGAAACUUCGGAACCUGGAGAAGAAAAAGGGCAAGCUUGAUGAUUACCAGGAGCGAAUGAACAAAGGUGAAAGGCUUAACCAAGAUCAGCUGGAUGCCGUAUCUAAGUAUCAGGAAGUCACAAAUAACUUGGAGUUUGCAAAAGAAUUACAGAGGAGUUUCAUGGCAUUAAGUCAAGAUAUUCAGAAAACAAUAAAGAAAACGGCACGACGGGAGCAGCUUAUGAGAGAAGAAGCUGAACAAAAACGUUUGAAAACUGUACUUGAGCUGCAGUAUGUUUUGGACAAAUUGGGAGAUGAGGAAGUGCGAACUGACCUGAAACAAGGUUUGAAUGGUGUGCCAAUAUUGUCUGAAGAGGAAUUGUCAUUGUUGGAUGAAUUCUACAAGUUAGCAGACCCUGAACGGGACAUGAGCUUGAGGUUGAAUGAACAGUAUGAACAUGCCUCCAUUCACCUGUGGGACUUGUUGGAAGGCAAAGAAAAAUCUGUAUGUGGAACAACCUAUAAAGCUCUAAAGGAAAUUGUUGAGCGUGUUUUCCAGUCAAACUACUUUGACAGCACUCACAACCACCAGAACGGGCUAUGUGAGGAGGAAGAGGCGGCCUCAGCACCUACUGUUGAAGACCAGGUAGCUGAAGCUGAGCCUGAGCCAGCAGAAGAAUACACUGAACAAAGUGAAGUUGAAUCAACAGAGUAUGUAAAUAGACAAUUUAUGGCCGAAACACAGUUCAACAGUGGUGAAAAGGAGCAGGUAGAUGAGUGGACAGCUGAAACAGUUGAGGUGGUAAAUUCACUCCAGCAGCAGCCUCAGGCUGCAUCUCCUUCAGUCCCGGAGCCCCACUCUUUGACACCAGUGGCUCAGGCAGAUCCGCUUGUGAGAAGACAGCGAGUACAGGACCUGAUGGCACAAAUGCAGGGGCCUUACAAUUUCAUACAGGAUUCAAUGCUGGAUUUUGAAAACCAGACUCUUGAUCCUGCCAUUGUAUCUGCACAGCCUAUGAAUCCAGCACAAAACAUAGACAUGCCCCAGCUGGUUUGCCCUCCAGUUCAUUCUGAAUCUAGACUUGCUCAACCUAAUCAAGUUGCUGUACAACCAGAAGCUACACAGGUUCCUUUGGUUUCAUCCACAAGUGAGGGGUAUACAGCAUCUCAACCCUUGUACCAGCCGUCUCAUGCUACAGAGCAACGACCACAAAAGGAACCAAUUGACCAGAUUCAGGCAACAAUCUCUUUAAAUACAGACCAGGCUACGGCGUCAUCAUCCCUUCCUGCUGCUUCUCAGCCCCAAGUGUUCCAGGCUGGAACAAGCAAACCUUUACAUAGCAGUGGAAUCAAUGUAAAUGCGGCUCCAUUCCAAUCCAUGCAAACGGUGUUCAAUAUGAAUGCCCCGGUUCCUCCUGUUAAUGAACCAGAAACUUUAAAACAGCAGAAUCAGUACCAGGCCAGUUAUAACCAGAGCUUUUCCAGUCAGCCUCACCAAGUAGAACAAGCAGAGCUUCAGCAAGAACAGCUUCAAACAGUGGUUGGCACUUACCAUGGUUCCCAGGACCAACCCCAUCAAGUGACUGGUAACCACCAGCAGCCUCCACAGCAGAACACUGGAUUUCCUCGGAGCAGUCAGCCCUAUUACAGCAGUCGUGGUGUGUCUCGUGGAGGCUCUCGUGGUGCUAGAGGCUUGAUGAAUGGAUACCGGGGCCCUGCCAAUGGAUUCAGAGGAGGAUACGAUGGUUACCGCCCUUCAUUCUCUAACACUCCAAACAGUGGUUACACACAGUCUCAGUUCAGUGCUCCCCGGGACUAUUCUGGCUAUCAGCGGGAUGGAUAUCAGCAGAAUUUCAAGCGAGGCUCUGGGCAGAGUGGACCACGGGGAGCCCCACGAGGUCGUGGAGGGCCUCCAAGACCCAACAGAGGGAUGCCGCAAAUGAACACUCAGCAAGUGAAUUAAUCUGAUUCACAGGAUUAUGUUUAAUCGCCAAAAACACACUGGCCAGUGUACCAUAAUGUUACCAGAAGAGUUAUUACCUAUUUGUUCUCCCUUUCAGGAAACUUAUUGUAAAGGGACUGUUUUCAUCCCAUAAAGACAGGACUACAAUUGUCAGCUUUAUAUUACCUGGAUAUGGAAGGAAACUAUUUUUACUCUGCAUGUCUGUCCUAAGCGUCAUCUUGAGCCUUGCACAUGAUACUCAGAUUCCUCACCCUUGCUUAGGAGUAAAACAUAAUAUUCUUUACAGGGUGAUAAUAUCUCCAUAGUUAAUCGAAGUGGCUUGGAAAAAGCAAGAUUGACUUUUGACAUUGGAUAAAAAUCUGCAAAUCAGCCCAAGCAAUAUAUUCCAUGGUAAUUGACAAAAAAAUAUUUCCCUUGAAAGGAAGAUGGAAGGAGUGUGGUAUGGCAGAAAAACUGCAUUUCACAGCUUUUCCAGUUAAAUUGGAGCACUGAAUGUUUAGAUGCAUACCAAAUUACGCAUGGGCCCUUAAUCACACAUACAAGGUUGGCAACCAACUUUGACACAGCACUAUUCAUCCUCUGGCCAAAGGACUGGUUAAAAACAUGUAACUUGCUUCCUAAUAGCUGAUAUGUGUAAGACAAAGCCAAAAUGCAAAAUUAGGCUUUGAUUGGCACUUUUUGAAAAAUAUGCAACAAAUAUGAGAUGUAAUCUGGAUGGCCACUUCUGUAAUUAAUGUGAAGUAUUUAGAUACCUUUUUGAACACGUAACAUUUUCUUUGACAAUGGCUUUUGUAAGGAUUGGUACUAUAUAUCAUUCCUUAUGAUGCUCAUUGCUUACCACUAAUCCUUGGAUCUUGCUGUAUUGUCACCUAAAUUGGUACAGGUACUGAUAAAAAUCUAUAAUGGAUAAUCAUAACAUUCUUGGUCACAUGUUUUCCUGCAGCCUGAAGGUUUUUAAGAGAGAUCAAAUGCCUGCUGCUACCACCCUCUUAAAUUGCUAUCUUUUGAAAAGCACCAGUAUGGGUUUUAGAUUGAUUUCCCUAUUUUAGGGAAAUGACAGUCAAUAGUUUCAGUUCUCAUGAUAUAAGCAAAACAAAUAAAACGUGUUUAUAAAAGUUGUAUCUUGAAACACUGGUGUUCAACAGCUAGCAGCUUAUGUGAUUCACCCAUGCAUUGUUAGUGUUAGAAAUUUUAUGGACAUUUCCAGCAGCUAUUUCUAUAGUACUUGCACUUACCUUUUGUCUAACCCUAAUUGAAAAUCCUUUUCUCAUGGAGGUAUUUAUACUCAAAGUGGUGAUUCCUUCUCUUAGAUGCAUAAGGAGAGUCACAAAUUUGAUGGAGAUUGACAGUUUAGUAAUUUAUAUACUAAGUUGGAAUAUGUGCUAGCAGUUUGAGCUCUAGUUCUGUGUGCCUAUGAACUUAAUGCUGCUUGUUGUAUCCCACUUUGACUUCAUGGAGAACUAAGCCCACGUAGUAAGCAAAGGCUAAGUUAAUGGUCUUUUCUGUGCAGAAAUUAAAUUUUGUUUUCAGCCUUUAGUGAAGGAAUGUUUGCAGUAGGUGCUCAGCUACUUAAAAAAAAACCCACGAAACUAUCCUCGAACAUUCAUCAUUAGACAACUGGAGUUUUCACUGGUUUCAUAACCUACUAAAAUGGAUAGGCUGUUGAACAUUCCACAUUCAAAAGUUUUGUAGGGUGGUGGGGAAGGAGGGGAUCUUCAAUGUUUAUUUUAAAAUAAAGUAAGUUCUUGACUUUUCUUAUGUGUGGUUGUGGUACAUCAUAUUGGAGGGUUAUCUGUUUACAUUUGCAAAUGAGUUUUUGUUAGCACCUCCCCUUGUGUGCUUUAAAUGGCAUCUGCCUGGGAUGUACCACAACCAUAUGUUAGGUGUACUCUAGAAGGAUUAGAUAAGUAUUCGUGGUUUAUUGGGUAAUCCCUAGAUGUAUGUGUGCAGUCAUCUCUAUAAAGCUAAAUUUACUAUCUGUAGAAAAUUCAGGACAUUUACAAUCAAAAUAGAACUAGAUAAGUUCUUUAUACAGUGAUUUCUAUGAAUCAGUUCAGAGAUGGGAUGGGGAAAAAUGUUUUCUAGG